GGCUGCGGCAAGGGGCAUUUUGUUGUCUACAUUCUUAAACAUUUUUUGCUCACUUUUCUAAAUUAGACACUGAAGGAUUUUCAUGAUCAGUUACUAGACCUCGGUACCUCUGCCGGGAACGGGAUCAGUUUGACAUGUCACUGAUACUGACUGUGUUGGACAAGCUGACGUACUUCUUGUCUUUAAUUGCGUUUUGCGUCAGUGUAUCUCAUGGCUGGUUGAAAUGAGGCUAGAUCAUUCCUUUAAUCUUAGUUUGGGCCUGAGAAUGAUGUGGUGUCAGCGUUUUCAAUGGACUAUUGCUUAUUUCUGAGUUUAAACCAUUAUUUGGAGAUGUUUUCCAGUGUGAGUUAAUUAGGAUGCUUUUAUCCACAGACGUUGGAUAUCUAGCGCCUCUGUGUGUGACCGGAGACAGUGAGCCACGUGUGACAGAUCAACACCAUGUUACUACAGCGGAUGCUGAAGCCGCAGCAUGUGCUUGUGCUGGUGCUGUGUGUGUCAGCCAGCGAAGACUUUGACUGGACCAAGAGUGAACGCGGAUCAUUCUACUAUGGCACUUUCCCAACUGGGUUUUCCUGGGGGGCUGGGGGCUCUGCGUACCAGACAGAGGGAGCCUGGGACAAGGAUGGCAAGGGGAUGAGCAUCUGGGACGUGUUCGCCCACAAGAAGGGAAAAAUCUUCCUCAACGACACCGGAGACCACUCCUGCGAAGGAUACUACAAAUUCAAGGAUGACAUCACCUUGAUGAAGGACAUGAAGUUUAACCACUAUCGUUUCUCCAUCUCCUGGCCAAGGAUCUUUCCCAACGGAAUCAAAACUGACCACAUCAAUGAGAAGGGGAUAAAAUACUAUGAUGACCUGAUCAACAUGCUCCUGGACAAUAACAUCACACCAAUAGUCACCCUGUACCACUGGGAUCUGCCACAGGUCUUAGAGGAGAAGUAUGGUGGAUGGCAGAACGUCAGCAUGGUGAACUAUUUCAACGACUUUGCCAACUUAUGCUUUGAGAGGUUUGGUGACAGAGUCAAAUACUGGAUGACCUUCAACAACCCAUGGUCUAGCGCUGUGGAGGGCUAUGAGACCGGAGAACAUGCACCUGGACUGAAGCUGAGGGGCACUGGGGCCUACAAAGCUGCCCACCACAUUAUCAAGGCACAUGCUAAGGUUUGGCACACUUAUGACACUCAAUGGCGAAGCAAACAGAAAGGCUUGGUUGGGAUCUCGUUGUUGGCAGACUGGGGGGAGCCAGUGGACAUCACCAACCAGAGAGACAUCGAGGCAGCAGAGAGAUAUGUCCAGUUCUACAUGGGCUGGUUCGCUACACCCAUCUUCAAUGGGGACUACCCUCAGGUCAUGAAAGACUACAUAGGUAGGAAGAGUGCCCAGCAGGGUCUGGGAAUCUCCCGUCUCCCAGUCUUCUCUUCCCAGGAGAAGAGUUACAUCAAGGGCACCUGUGACUUCCUGGGUAUUGGCCACUUCACCACGCGCUACAUCACCCAGAAGAACUACCCGUCUGGCCGCGGGAACAGCUACUUCACCGACCGCGACCUGGUCGAGCUGGUGGACCCUCGCUGGCCCGACCCCGGCUCUGAGUGGCUCUACUCUGUCCCCUGGGGAUUCAGACGCCUGCUCAACUUCGUCAAGACCCAGUAUGGGAACCCCAUGAUCUACGUGACAGAGAACGGGGUGUCAGAGAAGGUGCAGAGGUGCACAGACCUGUGUGAUGAUUGGAGGAUGCAGUACUUCAAGGAUUACAUCAAUGAGAUGCUGAAGGCCGUUAAGGACGGAGUGAAUGUGAAGGGCUACACAGCCUGGUCGCUGCUGGACAAGUUUGAGUGGGACGAAGGCUUCUCUGAGAGGUUUGGCCUGUUCUACGUGGACUUCCUCAACAAGAAUAAACCACGUUACCCAAAAGCCUCUGUUCAGUACUACAAACGCAUCAUCAGCUCCAAUGGAUUCCCCAACCAGAGAGAGGUGGAGAGCUGGAAAAGGAAAGCCACAGAGACAUGCUCCUCCAGUAACCAGCUGCUAGCUGCAGAUCCGUUGACGAGCCACAUGGAGAUGGUAACAGAGAUCGUGGUUCCUACAGUGUGUACUCUCUGUAUUCUCCUGGCUGCGGUCUUCCUCAUGUUCCUGCUGCGUGGACGCUUCUAGAACACUGCUGUCUUCCUCAUGUUCCUGCUGCGUUGGACGCUUCUAGAACACUGCUGUCUUCCUCAUGUUCCUGCUGCGUUGGACGCUUCUAGAACACUGCUGUCUUCCUCAUGUUCCUGCUGCGUUGGACGCUUCUAGAACACUGCUGUCUUCCUCAUGGUCCUGCUGCGUUGGACGCUUCUAGAACACUGCUGUCUUCCUCAUGUUCCUGCUGCGUUGGACGCUUCUAGAACACUGCUGUCUUCCUCAUGUUCCUGCUGCGUUGGACGCUUCUAGAACACUGCUGUCUUCCUCUUGUUCCUGCUGCGUGGACGCUUCUAGAACACUGCUGUCUUCCUCAUGUUCCUGCUGCGUGGACGCUUCUAGAACACUGCUGUCUUCCUCAUGUUCCUGUUGCGUGGACGCUUCUAGAACACUGCUGUCUUCCUCAUGUUCCUGCUGCGUGGACGCUUCUAGAACACUGCUGUCUUCCUCAUGUUCCUGCUGUGUGGACAAUGAUAGCGGUAUUUUUUAUAACACACAGUUCAUCUAUUUUAUAUACAUUUUGCAACAGAUACAAACCUGGACACCGGACACAUUUUAAAAUGGAACGAUAGAGACUCCAUGUUAAUAGAGUGUUAAUAUACAUUAUUAUCUGUAUCUUGAAAAUCUAAUUAAAUUGCAAUAAAUAUUCUACAACCUG